AUGCCCAGCUUAUUUGAGACAAUCACCAAGGCGGUGGUCCAUGAGAUGGAUGCUGGAGGUGACUUGAUUGAAGUCAGAAGCAUCGUCGAUGCCGACAGGUUUCGCUGCUUACGUCUGGUGAGGGGGAAGGGAGGUUUGUUCAGACGCCGCUACCGCAGUACGGACCUCACCCUGGAGGACAUACUGGAGACAGAGGACGGCGAGGAGGGGUUCGAUAGGCUGGAUUUGGGGCUCCCAGGUCAAAAGGCCAAGUUCCAAGUUGUGGAUAUGGUGGACUGCGUUGGGACAUUGACAGUGAAAUUGCCCAAACAAAUAACAAUCGAAGGGGGCUUGCAUGGGUCUCAUGAGCAAAGCAUCACAAUGUUGGGGUCCAGGAUACCCCAGCAAUAUCUGGAGUUCCUUGAGAACAGGAAGCCUCUCAUUCGUCCAGGAUCAGCCUCCGGGAAACCUUCUUCUGAUGCCCCCAAUUCACUCACAUCCCUGCUGCCUUCCAGGGUGACUGAGUUCUCUGGCUUGGACCAAAACCUCCUGGUUUCAAGGAAGCUGAAGAGAAAACUACCCGCCUUGUUGCUGUCAGCGCAAACAAGGAGAGAGGACCUGUAUCUGGUGACGGAAACUCUGCAGACAGCCAGGGCGGAAACCCUGAAGAGCGCACGGCAACACACGUUUUUGAGCCAGUUGGAUUUUUGUGGUCUGAAAUGUGAACGCAAGCACCAAAGGGCAGUAACCAUCCCCCCAAAUCUGGUCCUGGGCUAUCGAGUAAAGCAACUCGUCUUCCCCAGCUUGGAAAGGAUGAAUAUUUGUUUCACUGGAAAAACAAAAUCCUUUCCAGAAGAGGAAGAUGGUGAUUCAUCUUGCUUAGGGAAGUCCUUGAGGCUGGAGGAUUUCAGAAACAUGGAGGAGAAGGUGCAGGACGCAGUGGGCGGCCUCCAGGAUCUCACGGCAAAGGAACGAGAAGAUGUGCUAAGCUGCCUCACUAAGUGCCUCACCUCAGACGAGGAGCUGCAGGCUCUGGAUGAAAGAGUGUCUGAGGUCCUGGGCUCCGAGGAGGUGCAGAUGGAGGGCCCAGCAGAGCCUCUCAUCAGCAGCCUGUUUAAUGCUGCUGGGAUCUUGGUAGAGGCGCGCAGAGAAGCCAUUCUGGAUUUCCUGGAUGCCUUGAAGGAGCUGUCCGAGGAGAAGGAGCUCGUGGCUGAGACCCUGAAGAAGGGGACCCUACCCUUGCUGAAGGACCAGCUUUUACAGUCCACUGGAGUGAAGUCUGUCCUGGAGCAGGAGCAGGGUCAGCAGCCCCAGGAUGUGGGCCGUGACCCUGAGGCUCAGACUGUCCGCGCCCUCUACCUCGUUGUCUCCGUCCUGCUGCAGCUGAGCGAGAAGCCUGCCCUGUGUCUUCCUGCUAGUUCCUCAACCAGUCUCCCCACAAACCUCCCCGGGCCCCCUCCCCCAGUCCAUCCUCACCCCACACCCCAUUCUCCCAGUUGCCAAAACGAUAAUCUUUAAAAUAAGCAGCUAGCUCAUCGAUGAUGCACCCCACUCCCUCUGCGAUAAUAUACAAAACCCACGCUGGACUGUAUGCACAGACUUCUGAUUAAAAGUGGAAAAUUGAUCAUAUUUAUUUCCUCUCCUUGAAACUUCACUAAAUGACAGUAAAGCCACAGAAAAGACAGAAACCCACAAGAAUGAAGAGACUGUGGCAGCAGAUAAGAGAUGUCAACACACCUUUGGAAACCACACUCGAACCCGCACCCUUCUGUGCGUGUGUGCACGCGGAUGGUGCUCCAACUAACCGCGCCCUCCGGUCAGGGCAAGACUUCUGGUACUGAGUGAAGGAGAGGUUUUUAAAAAGGAGAGGAAAAAAGUUACGGAAUACUGUGGCCAUGGACUAGUCUUUUUCACAGAAUUUAGCCUGGAUUUGCUUCAUCUGGGUGUUUCAGAGUAUUUCAAAUUGCAAACUUAGCUUGUGAGGGAAGAGGAUUGGCUGUGUACCCAAAUACCUGUCCAAACCCAACCCAGAGCCUUUCUGGAGAAAGCUGUUUUCAUUUCCACAAAAUGUUUUUAAACAACAAGAAUGAUUCCUGGUUAAAAAUAAAUAAAUAAAGCCCACAAGGAAAUGACACCGUGAACAAGAAUUCAGCAGAUAUGACAAAUGACCCAGACAUCGCUUCUCGUGCAUGAACAGACAUUUGAUAUAUGGGAACAAUAUCACUGCAGAUUAGUGGGGAAGGGCCAGGUUUUUCAGUAAAUGGUCCAGGACAAUUGGGUAACCACAUGGAUUGAAAAAUGAAAUUCGAUCCCUACCACAGGGCACAUGUAAAAAUUCCAGGUGGAUUUUAGAUCUAAAUGGGAAAGGCAAGACUAUAACUACACUAACAUUAAGGACUUUUGCUCAUCAAAAGACAAAGAAGUGCAAAAUCCAACUGCAGAGUGGGAGAAAAUAUUUCAAACCCAUGUAACUUACAAAGCAAUACUAUCCAGUGUAUAGGGAGCUUGUGUGAAUCAAUUAGAAAAAGAUGACCCAAUAGAAGAAUAGACAAAAGUCUUACACAGAAUAUUUUUAAAAAAGAAAAUCCUGCCCUGGCUGGCAUGGCUCACUAGAUUGGGUUCUGGCCUGAGAACCAAAAGGUCGCUGGUUCAAUUCCCAGUCAUGGUACAUGCUUGGGUUGCAGGCCAGGUCCCUUACUUGGGGGUGUGCGAGAGGCAACUGAUCGGCGUAUCUCUUGCGCAUCGAGGUUUCUCUCCUUUCUCCCUCCCUUCCCCUCUUUCUAAAAAUAAAUUAAAAUCUUUAAAAAUAAAAGAAAAUCCUAAUGGCUAACAAACAUAUGAAAGGAUGAUAAACCUCAUUAGUAAUCAGGGAAAUAAAAUGAAAACUGCUAUGUGAUACCAAUACUUAUUCACCACAUUGGCAAAAGGUUGAAAGACAGUUUCACUUUUCACGAAGAUGGUGCUGAAAGCAAAGAAAGAAGCCCCUGUCCCUCCCAAAGCCAAAGCCAAAGCCAAAGCUUUGAGGGCAAAGAAAGCAGUGCUGAAAGGUGUCCACAGCCACAAAAUAAGAAGGGCCACAUGUCACCCACCUUCCAAUGGCUGAAGACCCUGCGGCUCUGAAGGACGCCUCCAUAUCCUCAGAAGAGCGCCCCCAGGAGAAGCAAGCUUGACCACCAUGCCAUCAUUGGUGCCCCCUGACCACCGAGUCAGGCAUGAAAACACAGAAGACAACGGCACACUGGUGUUCAUUGUGGGUGUCAAGGCCAACAAGCACCAAGUCAGACAGGCUGUGAAGAAGCUCUAUGAUAUUGAUACGGCCAAGGUCAACACCCUGAUCAAGCCUGAGGGAGAAAAGAAGAUGUAUCUUUGGAUCCCAGCUUUGAGCUUUGGAUGUUGCCAAGAAAAUUGGGAUCAUCUAACAGUCCAUCUGGCUAAUUCUAAAUACAAAAAUUUUACACUGUAAAAACAAAGAGACAACCUUUAAGUACCUGAAACCAUGAAAACUUUCAUACACGACCACUGGGAAGAUAAAUUAGUACAACCACUUUGAAUAACGGUUUGACGUUACAAAUGGAAGAUUUACCCACCUUAUGACCCAGAUGUUUGACUGCUAACCUAGAGUAACUUGUGCACGUGUGUAUCACAUAGGAUAUCCUCUUAAGAAUUUUUAGUAGGAUGUUGUAGUCAUCAAAAACUAGAAACAACUAGCCCUGGCUGGUGUAGCUCAGUGGAUUGAGCAUGGGCUACGAGCCAAAGGGUUGCCAGUUCAAUUCCCAGUCAGGGCACAUGAAUGGGUUGCAGGCCAGGUCCCCAGUGGGGGCCACAUGAGAGGCAACCACACAUUAAUGUUUCUCUCCCUCUCUUUCUCCUUCCCUUUCCCUCUCUCUAAAAAAAUAAAAUAAAUAAAACGUUUUUUAAAAGAUUCUUAAAAAUCAACAAAAAAACUAGAAAUGACAAAAAAUUAGA